GGAGUGCGAGAGAGAUUUUCCUUUCGAGGUUGAGCAAGGAAAAUAACCUGAAGCCCUCCUGAGGUCGCGGACAUGACGUCACGACGCAAGGUGGGACGUAACUGGAAGCUGGCGCAUGCGUGUCUCCUGGCUGCGGACUCGAGAGGAUGAGGUUGCUCCUGAUCAGCGUGUGUAUUGUGCUCUUCACUUCUGUCAAUGGCGAUGAAGGAGCGAGGCUUUUAGCCUCUAAGUCCCUGCUCAAUAAGUACGCAGUGGAGGGUCGCGACCUGACACUGCAGUACAACAUCUACAACGUCGGUACCAGUGCUGCCUUAGAUGUGGAACUCAGCGAUGACUCUUUCCCGCCGGAGGACUUUGGGAUUGUGUCCGGAAUGUUGACCGUGAAAUGGGACCGGAUUGCUCCAGCCAGCAACGUCACCCACACAGUGGUUCUGAGACCGCUGAAAGCCGGAUACUUCAACUUCACCUCUGCAACUAUCUCCUACCUCGCCCAGGAAGGGAGUCAGGUGGUGGUGGGUUACACCAGUGCUCCAGGGCAGGGCGGCAUCCUGGCCCAGAGAGAAUUUGAUAGGCGCUUCUCGCCCCAUUACUUGGACUGGGCGGCCUUUGGUGUCAUGACCCUGCCUUCCAUUGGAAUUCCACUGCUGCUGUGGUACUCGAGCAAGCGGAAAUACGACACAGCCAAAACGAAAAAGAACUGAGCUCAAAACGCGGUGGUCGGAAGAGGCUCAUCUCCCUCUUGUACGCUGGGGCCACAAUGAUUUCAUUCCAACAAACGUCAGGCCUUUGGGCAUGUUAAUUGUUUAGACUGGAUACGCUAAGAGGAGGAGGCCGGCGAGGAUUGAAGUUGCUCACCAAGCUCGUGUGACCCGGUUGUCUGACCUUUGACCCUUGUACUCCAUUUUCAGGAGAACGUUCAUCAAAUGUAUUUUCCCGCAAGUUCGCAGAACUGGGAAUCUGAAUUGCAGAGAAUGCAGAGAGCAAGCUCUGUCCAGCCUCCAGCAUGGGAAUUUCCAGUGUAAACGUGUCACGCUGUAAUUACACCCCUCCUGCCAGCGGUGGUGCUGUAGCCCAGCCCCUUAGGUUUGUGGCUCCCAGUUCGGUAGCCAUCUUUGCAAAGAUACUCUGCUGUUCCAACCAGCUUUGCUUCCCUAAGUUUCUUGCGUUUUGAUAUUAAAAGCAACUUAUAUAAAAAAAAAACUCUUGGCCAGUUAGCCUGUGGAGCUUUUGGCAUUGGGUUCCUCACUUCCAUGGGCUUCCCUCUGUGGACAUGGUUCAAAACAAUAACUGAGCAGGGUCUAUUCCUGAAACCUUAACCUCCCCUUCUCCUCACACACACACACACACACACACACACCUUAAAUCGCUCACCAACAGUCACACUGUGCAUUUCCAGCAGUGUUUGUCUGUUACUGCCACUUGUGGGAACUGCCCUUCUCUCUGCAAAGGGCCACAAGAAAGGUUGACCUCUUACACUGACCCACCUAUGGUACGUUUCUGGUUACUGCUGUGCUCCUCCUCGUCUCCACCCCCCACCCCCCGCGCUCCUGUCUCCGGGGAAGUGGCUUUGUUCAGCCCCAGGACGGAGUCACUUUGUGGCUGUGUCAGUCAGCUGCUUUUACUCCACGUUUCUCUCAGCCUGACCUGGUGUUCCUUUCGGUUUCAGAUCUGAGGGACUGUGGGAUCCCCCUGCUCUCUGUAAAGAUGGGCAACGAGGGUUUUCGCAAUGCCCAGGAAAAGAAGACACGCUGUCGAAGCUUUUCGUCUUGCAGUCAUCAGGACGGAUUCGCAAGAAUACCAAAUCUCAAAGGGAGCAACAGUUGAUCCUGCAUGAGAAACAGGGUGCUGAUUGGUUGGUAGGCAUCCUGUUCCUCAUGCAGCGUCAAUUGUUGCUGUCUUUGAAAUUUAUUAUUCUUGAGUCUGUCCUGAUGAGUCCCAGGUGAAAAGCUUUGACAGCAUGUCUCUUUUUUUAUUCAGCUUUACUCAAGCUCUGUACCACCAAACUAUUAUAUGUAAACAAGGAUUUCCUUAAGCAGUGAAAGAGCUACAGAGCCACGAAACACUUGACCUCUUCCAGGGCCAGAUGCUGGAGGGUGAGUUUUUUUGUCUGUUAUGUUGCUGUGGAGUUCAGAUGCUGUUUCCAAGUCUUAAUUUUUAAACCAUUGUGCCCCUAUUAGUACAACAGGGUUGUACAUCUGCUUAUUGUACAUUUGGGAGAAGGGUUUUUUUUAAUAAAACAGUCUUAAAAAUAAAA